AGCUCUUUAGUCUACCGGUAAACUCACUAAACAAAGAAAGAAGAACUCACAGUUGGUUUAGAUGUUGAGCUGCUGUGUGUUUGUUUAUGUCUUUCAUGUUGUGAUGUUUAUGUGUUGAGAUGUUGAAGAUGAGUUUGCAGGUGGAUCUGAUGUGCUGUAAAUCAGUAGGAACUGAUCUGUCCAUGCUGGAUAUUGAUGAUUUGAUGACAGAAAUCUCUCAGCUGAAGAAAGAGGUGGUGUUACUGGAGGCAAAGCUGAGGGAAAGAGGAGAUCCACUGAACGGAGAGGAGCUGGAGAAGGUUUCCUGUCAAUCUUCAGUGUGUGUGACUGAUGGGACCUCCACAGAAUGUCAGAAUUCAGUGUGGAGCAUCAGAGAUCAGAUAUCUGAACAGACAUCCAGAGACACACAGGACUCAGAGCUCAGCCUCAUUUUACUCUGUUAUACUGACACUCAGGAGAGUGUGUGUGACAGUAAUCAGGGUGAUCAAACCUCCACAGAGUCUCUGGCUUCUGUCUGUAAUGCUGGAGAACAGCAGAUGCUGCAGAUACCAUUGAAGAUGUGUUCAGUGAAGCUGCUGGACUGCAGGAACCUGAUGGAGAUGAGAGGAGAAACCACAGCACAGGAACAGCACAGUGAUGAAGAUGAGGGUGAUGAUGAUGAUGAUAAAGAUGAGGAUGAUGAUGAGGAGGAUUUUAUUGAACAUGACAAACACAAUGAAGAUGAUAAUGAUUUUAUUCCUUCAGAUGCAAACAGUGUUUCAUCUUAUGAUGGAGAAAUGGCUUCUACAGCAAAAGCAAGACAUGAGGGAAGAGUGCACAGAGAAGAGAAGAUUUUCCAGUGCAGUGAGUGUGACAAGUGUUUCAGCCUCAAAGCAAGUCUUGUUGCUCAUGAGAGAAUACACACGGGGGAGAAAUCAUACAAGUGUCCUCACUGUGAGAAAAGAUUCAGACAUGGAGCACAUCUGAAGGCACACUGUGUCCGUUUGCACACCAAUGAGAGUCUGUAUCAGUGCAGUGAAUGUGGGAAAUCAUUUGUCCAAAAAGAUUCUCUAAAGUCACAUCAGGAAAUACACUCUAAUGAGAAACCCCAUCAAUGCUCACACUGUGAUAAACAAUUCCGUAAAAAAUCUCAUCUGACAGUCCAUGAGAGAAUUCACUCUGGAGAGAAACCUUACCUCUGCUCUCACUGUGGAAAGAGCUUUCCUAAUUCACGUCAAUUCAGAGUCCAUGUAAGAGUGCACACGGGAGUAAAGCCGUAUCACUGUAGUGUUUGUGGAAAGAGUUUCAGUCAAUAUGCUCACUUAGUAAAACACCAGAGAACACAUACUGGAGAAAGACCUUACAAAUGCAGUCAGUGUGACAAAACGUUUGCUCGAUCAGAUGUCCUGAAAACCCAUCAGAGAAUGCACACAGGAGAGAAACCUUACAGCUGUUCUAUCUGCAGGAAGGAAUUUUCUCAUUUAAAAAGUUUUCUUACUCAUCAGAAGAUACAUGCUAAAAAACAAACUGCCCUGGCAUCAUUGUAGCAUCUUUUAAUGCCUCAGUUUGUGAUUUGUGAAAAAGCCUUUGCUCCUUUGUUCAGUCAAGCAGCCCCCCCACCCCCCAACUACACUGUUUAAUAUUGUUUGGUUAAUGACAUACACUGAGGAGCCAAAACAUUAUGACAACCUGCCUAAUGUGCUGUUGGUCCUCUGCCAAAGCAGCACAGAUCUGCUGAGGCAUGGACUCUACAAGACCCCUGAAGGUGUCCUGCGGUAUCUGGCACCAAGACAUUAGCAGCAGAUCCUUCAAGUCCUGUAAGUUGCGAGUUGGAGCCACCGUGGAUCAGACUUGUUGGUCCAGCACAUCCCACAGAUGCUUAAUCGGAUUGAGAUCUGGGGAAUUUGAAGGAAAGGGCAACAUCUUUGAAGGCCACUGCCAUCAGGGAAUACCACUGCCAUGAAGGGGUGUACCUGGUCUGCAAUGAUGUUUAGGUAGGUGGCACGUGUCAAAUUGAUGUCCACAUGAAUGGCUGGACCCAAGGUUUCCCAGCAGAACAUUGCCCAGAGCAUCACACUCCCUCCACUGGCUUGUCGUCUUCCCACAGUGCAUCCUGGUGCCGUCACUUCCCCAGGUAAACGCUGUACACGUACACGGCUAUCCACAUGAUGUUAAAGAAAACUGAACUCAUUGGACCAGGCAAGCUUUUUCCACUGCUCCAAGGUCCAGUUCUAAUGCUCACGUGUCCAUUGUAGGCACUUUCGAUGGUGGACAAGGGUCAUCAUGGGCACUCUGACUGGUCUGCGGCUACACAGCCCCAUACGCAACAGGGUACGAUGCACUGUGUGUUGUGACACAUUCCUCCUGUAACCAUCAUUAAACUUUUCUAUGACUUGUGCCACAGUAGACCUGUCAAUUCGGACUAGACAGGAUAGCCUUCGUUGCCCUUGCACAUCGAUAAUCCUUGGGUGCCCAACACCCUGUCGUCGGUUUGUGGUUUCUCCCUCCUCGGAUCACUGUGAGUAGGUACUCGCCACUGCUAACCAGGAGCACCCCACAAGCCUUGCCGUUUCAGAGAUGCUUUGACCCAGUCAUCUGACCAUAAUAAUUUGGCCCAUGUCAAAGUCGCUCAGGUCUUUACUCCUGCCCAUUUCUCCUGCAUUCAACAUAUUGACUACAAGAACUGAUUGUUCGCUUACCAUCAAAUCUACCCAGACCUUGACAUGUGGUCUUGUUAGAUGAUCAACAUUAUUCGCUUCACCUGUGAGUGGUCAUAAUGUUUUGUCUCAUCAGUGUAAAUCACUAUGGUGGAGUACGGUCAUGGUCAAUGCUGGACUUGACCCAUCGACUUCUUUUAUAAUGCAUGGAACAUCUCCUGUCAAUAUGUGCAACACAUGUCCCUGUUGCUGACUUGUGGAAUGGAUCUGUUUUUCAUCUGUAGUCCCUGGGCAGGAAAAGUAAAUUACAAAUAGCAUCAUUAAAACAUUAGUCAAUAGACAACAAACAAAACAAACAUAGCACCCAAAAUAAAAAUACAUUACAAAUAACAAUAAUAAAUAACAUUACAUGUCUAAAUAAUUGAGCUACUAAAUAAAAAGGUGCUAAAAAUUAUGAUAAUUACCGGAUUACAAGUUCACAAGUUUGGCUUGUCUUUAGCCAUAUUUUCAGAUGUAACUUAAAUUGUUCAAGAGUAGGACAUUGUCUUAUGUUAGUUGGUAACGUAUUCCAAAUAUUGACAGCUUCUAUUGAGAAAGCUGAAUGACCAAAGACUGUGGCUCUGUAUUGCACUUCACAGCCACCUCUUAAAGAGGCUCUAGUUUGUCUUGCAUUUUCCAAGUGCAAUGACACAAAUUCUUUCAAGGGUGGUGGAGCAAGUUUUUUAAUAAUUUUGUACAUUAAACAACAAAUGUUAAAAUUAACAAAAUUAUCAAAAUUAAAAAAAGUAUACUUUUUAAUUAUGUGACAAUGAUGAUAUGUAUUUGGAUUUUUAUCAGAUAUUUGUAAUGCCCAUUUAUGUAAACCAUGUAGAGGUCUAAGGGUGGAUUUUCCUGCUUGUGACCACGAUGCUGAUACAAUAAGAGAAAUGAGAAAAAAAAUCAUAGAAUGUAAAAAUACUAGCAGCAUCUAUUGAAAGUUGAUUCCGUAUAAAUUAAAAAUGUCUAAUGUUAAAUGUAACUGUACAAACUACAUUUUUUAUAUGCUUUUCAAAUGUAAGUCUAAAACAAUUCCAAGAUAUUUAAAAUCUGGCACAAUUUGUAAUUUCUCACCUUUAACUAAAAUAUUGGAUUCUUCUUUUUGUUAGUAAAAAACAUACAUGCUAUUUUCUGAACAUUUAACGUAAGACAGCCCUGUGUAAGCCAAUCAAAAAAAUUAUUUUAAUCAUUGCAGAUGAUAACCUGAACAUCACCUGUUCACUAGUUUUGGCAUGUACAUAAAUCACAGUAUUGUCUACAUCCAUUUGAAAAUGUACAUCCGGACAGGUAUCUGGAAGAUCGUUCAAGUACAAACUGAAAAGUAGAGGCCCAAGGGUAGACCCCUGAGGGAACCCAGUUAAACAACCUCUUAAGGAGGAUAUAUAUGUUUCAACCCGAGUGCACUGUUUUCUCGUAGUCAAAUACAAUUCAAUCCCUUUAUUGCAUCAACUGACAGAUUAAAAGUGAUAGUUUAGAUAAAAGUAUAUUAUGGUUCAGUGUGUCAAAUGCCUUACGUAGAUCAAGGAACAUGGCACCUACAACUCCACCCCAGUCUAAUUUUGACCUUACUUGCUCAAUAAAAUAACAAACAGCAGUUUCCGUUGAAUGAUGUGUGCAAAACCUGAAUUGCAUGGGAUACAAUGAGUUGUUCUGUGUAUUAAGAAAAUUCUUAAGUUGCUCUGUUACUGACUUUUCUGCUAUCUUGGAAACUACUGAUAGGAUUGAAAUAGGCCUAUAGUUGACAGCACUGGUUGGUUCACCGUCCUUGAAAACUGGAGUAAUUACCCCAGUUUUCCAGCAAUUUAGAAAUAUACAUUGUCUGAUCGAGAGAUUUACAAGAUGGGUGAUAGGAGCUAAAAGUCUAUCUUUAUUAUUUAAAAAAUAAACUACAGUCUAAGCCAUCAAUAUCUUUGGCAGUAGAGUUUUUAAAGGAUCUUAAGAUGUUAUAAAUUGUAUGCUCAGUGACUGUUGUUAAGUGAAAUACAGGAUGUGCCAGGUUGGGGAGAGUAAUUUGUUGAAUUCUCAUUCCAAAGUUAUCAGACAAGCUUUGAACUGAGUCCACGAUAUAGUUAUUAAAUAUGUCUGCAAUUUCAUCUGACUUAUCAGUUAUUCUUCCUUGAAAAUCUAAUUCUAGGCAUUUGUUACCUAAUGUAAAAACUUUCUUUGUCAAUUGAUUAGUGGUUUGCCAUAAUAUUUUACUAUUACUUUUAGCUUAAUUUAUAAUAUUAAUAACAAAAUUGUGCCUUGGCUUGCCUUAAUGACUUUACCUUAUUUCGUAGGUUAUUAAAAACAAGACGGUCCUGUCAUAAUCCAAAAAGCUUGAGUUUAAAGCAAAAUCUCGCUUUUUCAUAAGACUCCAUAUCUGGUCAUUCAUCCAAGGUAGAUUGUUCUUUCUAUGACUAUUUCCAACUUGUUUUACAUAUUUACGUGUUGGACCCUCAACUAAUUGAGUGAACUCAUAUGAUUAAGUUUCUGUCAUUGUCCUUGUCUUUCUGUCAGACCAAUUAAGGUUGAAAUCACAGAGAACAUUGCACUCUUUACUUGUGUCAACUUCUUUAAGGAAAUAUUUAAAAUGGGCAUUAAAGGAAAUAUCAGAUGAGGGGGGUCUAUAAACUCCCACAACAAUGAAGGACAUUUGCAAAGAUAAGGUAAUAGCUACAGCAAUACAUUACAUUUUGUUUGAGCAUUCAAGAUGAACCACCACCCCUGCUAUUUGUCCUGUCUUGCCUGAAAUGAUUGUACCCAGACAUUGCAAGUGCAGAGCUAGGAGAUGAUUUGGCCAACCAUGUUUCAGAUAAACACAGACCACCCAGGUUUGAAUCCAUAAGCAGUUUUUCAAGUUGUUCAUGUUUUGAAUAUUUAAAUGUCCUCCCAAACCCCCUUUGGUUUAGCACAUCGGUCCCAAAUCACUUUAGAAUGGUUCACUGUUUGAAAAUAGUGCAGUUUGCGGUGCUUCUCCACAACCGAUACCCGGAGACUACAGUCACUCAGCAACGGUACUCCAGGCAACUCUCUAACACACACAGGCAAAUUACCUCGAUUGUAGGUGGUCUCGGCUUGAUCACUGCUAUCCACUGAUGGUUGCAAAGCAGCUCCAAGUGUAACAUCUGGUCCCGAUGAAGUACACUGAAUAUCUCCAAUGCACAAGGUGCCCGGACCUGAAUUGAGUUGGAUAUCUCCAGCAAGGAGGAGUGUCAUCAUCAGGUAAAGCUGGAACUUUCACUGAGGCCGUGAAGAUCUUUCACAUGUUGAACUUUUUUGUGUAUUUGGUGUUGUUGCUUUUACAUUUUUUAAAACAACGGAAUACGAGGUAAGCUGACUCAGUGCGUUGAGGUGUCCUGGUGGUUGAAGCUUGUUGUCAUGCACUUUGAGAUGAGUAACCUAGCAAUGUUGUACUGACAGACAGAGAAGGACAAACAUAUAGCCAAGUAGUAGUAUUUUCUGCUUAAAGUUUAUAGGCACCAAUCGAUACCAUGAAUGCCGACGAAGUAAGUAGAGACUGCAGCAUGUUUAUUGAUCACAUUAGAUAUGGAAAUAAAAAGCCCUAAUUUAGUCCCAUCUGUAGCUCCUGCCAGGCUGCCUCUCGGGUCUGCCAUCAUCUUUCAGUGAAGUCUAGCAGUGUCUGUAGCUCCAAGUGUUGUGUAAAAUUCAGGAGGACAGGGUAUCCAUUCUGUAGGAUGUGCUGAAGUGGCACAGCCGCCCUUGGUUUCCGGAGCUGGUGGAGCUGUCAGAUGCUCCUCCAUGGAGUUUUCCGCUGAGGAAGGACCUGCUCUCACAGGCGCGAUCAACAAGGCACGAUUUGAAACACUUAAAACGUUCAGGUUUUAGAUGCAUACACUGUUUCAUCUUAUGAGAAUUUUAUGGCUUGAUCUGUGAAGAAGCCUUUGAAAAACUGUUGUAAAUGUAUACUUUGAACUACACGUUCCUAUUGUUUAGGUAAUGAGAUAAAUGCAAGAACCCUGUUUUAUUAUGUACUUGCUUUUUUAUGUUGUUUUCUCAUCUGCAAUACGUCUAUAAAACGUUUCCUCUUGGAUGUCAAUAAGACAUUCAGCAGAUGUCUUUGAAACAUUUAUAAUUUAGAAUGUUUGUAAAUCUGAUCUUUUUAAGAUGUUUAGCAGAUGUUAAUUAGAAUACGAUGCUUUUCAGAUAAAAAGGCCUGAAACACCUCUUGGAGAUGUACAUACGCAUGUAUCUGGGUAGUUGCUCUACUACUUAAAACUCAAAGAUCUGUGUCUUCCUAUCUCAUUGUCUGAUAUAAAAUUUGAUGUCUGUAAAGACGAGUGUAUGAUUAUGGUGUAAAUUGCAUGUCUUGAACAUGCAAUUUACAUGCAAUAAACACAAAAACAGAAAUCAGCCACAUUUCAGCCAUUUUAAUCUUAAUAAUAAAAAACAUGGCAGUACCGCAUCAGGGCAAAUGCUGCUAGAUUAAAUGACCUUUGCCCGUAUUUCUGUCAAUCAGUUCGAGUUACAAAGCUGGACGGAUUCAGAUACAGGAAAUGCAAAAAUACACUACACAUACAGCAAAAUUACACCUAAAAAUCAAGACCAUGUAUUAUGGUGUACUGAAAAAAUUGAAACAUUGAAACUUUUAAUAAAACGAUUGUUUUUUAUCGAAUAUCAUUACAAAUACAAUAGGUAGAUAAGAAAACACUCAUGUUGCUUCAGCAAGCAGCUUAAAUCAUAUGCCAAUAUCUUCAUCAUAAAUCUCACGUUAAUGUUUACAAAAUCACUUCAUUUUUGUUCAUAAUUGUGAACAUGAAGAGAAUGUUUAAUUUAAAGUAAUAUAUAAACUACCAUUUUCUAUAUUUGCAGACUUCUGAGAAGCAUCACAGAAUGUCCCAUGGAAACAAGCAUUUCUAAAACAUUUGAAGAACUUGUAUAACUGUAUAACUCGUCUCCCAAAGGCACCUAGAGAGUUAAAACUGGCUAAAUGUCAACUAUAUUAUUAUUAUUUUAUGGUCAAACUGUUGCAUCUAGUGUAGAGAAUGUAAUGGAAUUAACUUAACAUAAAUAAACUCAAACAUAAAAAAAAAA